CGGGAAAAGGCAUCCAGGAAGUGCGGGAGUUGUGCCCGAGCUAUCAAUGAUCAUCGUUUUAAAUGCAUUUCAGGCGCGAUUCGCGACACAAAUUGAUGCCCUCAAAAUUCAAGCCAUCAGCUUUCAAAAAGCCAUCAAAAAUUCAUAUCGCUGCAUCCUUUUAUCCUUACGCUGUAUUUACAACAGAUUGAAGAAUGAGUUUCCAAACCAUAUUAAAUAAUUCAAUUAUCUCAGAGAACUGUCUCUGCUGAACCUUUGAUCCGUCGACUUUCUCAGCAAGGACGCUAUAUGAGCACAGCGAACCAAAAUGUGAAUAGGCCGCCUACUGCAGUCUUGUUAACCAAUAUGGGUGGUCCAGCCACCCUUGAUGAUGUACACAACUUCUUACACAACCUUUUCUCCGACAGAGACCUAAUGCAAUUACCAUUUCAAAAUUAUCUGUCCAAGUUCAUUGCAUAUAGACGUACACCAAAAAUUAAGGAACAAUACGCAGCUAUAGGCGGUGGAUCGCCUAUUCUACAUUGGACACGUAAACAAGGUCAAGCUAUGGAAAAAAUUCUGGAUAAAAUACGGCCCGAAACCGCACCUCAUAAACAUUAUAUUGCUUUCCGUUAUGUUGAGCCUUACACUUCUACUGCCCUUGAACAAAUGAAAGCUGACGGCGUUGAAAGAGCAGUAGUCUUUACACAAUAUCCUCAAUAUUCAUGUUCCACGACAGGCAGCAGUCUCAAUGAGCUUUAUCGCGGCGUUUCGGAGAUGGGUAUGGAUAAAAAUGUCCGUUGGAGUAUUAUCGACCGAUGGCCAACACAUCCUGGAUUCAUUGAAGCAACUGCGAAGAAAAUAGAGGCCAAAAUGGCCGAGUAUACUCCAGAAGAAAGAGAAACGGCCUUGAUUAUGUUUUCCGCUCAUUCAUUACCGAUGUCUGUUGUCAACCGUGGUGAUCCUUACCCAGCAGAAGUUGCGGCUACUGUAGAUCACGUUAUGAAACGACUAGAUAAUAAAUACCCCCAUAGGCUUUGCUGGCAAUCACAAGUUGGUCCAAUGCCUUGGUUGGGUCCACAGACCGUAGACGCCAUUAGAGGGCUCGCAGCAAAAGGUCAAAAAAAUGUUGUAGUCGUGCCUAUUGCUUUUACUAGCGACCACAUCGAAACACUAUUUGAACUGGAUCAUGAAUACGGCAAAGAAGCGAAAGAGUUGGGUAUAUCAGGUUGGAAGAGAGUCGAUGCAUUAAAUGAUGAUGAGACUUUUACACAGGCCAUGGCAGAUAUCGUGAAGGAACAUUUAGACAAGAAUGAAGUUACCAGUAAUCAGUGGCCACUUCGUUGCCCAGAUUGUGAAUCUGACGUUUGUGAAGAAACUCGUGAAUUCUUCACAGACAACAAAAGCUAACAAAGCCUACAACACAUGUCAAGCAACCCAUCACUGCAUCGUUUUCUUUUUUUGUUUCAUUGCGGAAUUAUACUUUCUUUUUAAGCAAGUAUACAAAAUUCAUUACACAC